GCCUUCUCUCCCUCACUCACCUGCUGCCUGGAACCUCAGUCCCUGCUCUUCCAGAGUGGAGGGGAACGGAGUUGGCUAGGCCCUGUACUAACGAGACUGGGAGCUGCUGCUGCCACAGGAUGUCGGUCUUCAGGCUGGGUGACCAUGUGUGGCUGGAAGCCCCCUACGUCAACAAGACCAAUGUGGCCAUCGGUGGCAUUGUCAAAAACACAAAGCCCAGCAAGAUCUUGGUGGAAGAUGAUGAAGGCAAGGAACACUGGAUCCACGCAGACAACCUUGGUGCCCUCAGCCACAUGCACCCCAACUCCGCCCAGGGUGUGGAUGACAUGAUCCGCCUGGGGGACCUGAAUGAGGCAGGCAUGGUGCACAACCUUCUGAUCCGCUACCAACAGCACAAGAUCUAUACGUACACAGGCUCCAUCCUGGUGGCCGUGAACCCAUUCCAGGCGCUGCCCCUCUAUACCCUGGAGCAGGUGCACCUGUACUACAAGCGGCAUGUGGGGGAGCUGCCGCCCCAUGUCUUCGCCAUCGCCGACAACUGCUAUUUCAACAUGAAGAAGAAUAAGAAGGACCAGUGCUGCAUUAUUAGGUGGGCCUUUGGAAAUGCCAAGACCAUCAGAAAUGACAACUCCAGCCGUUUUGGGAAGUACAUCGACAUCUACUUUAACCCCAGUGGGGUGAUCGAGGGCGCACGCAUAGAGCAGUUUCUCUUGGAGAAGUCCCGUGUCUGCCGGCAGGCCACCGAGGAGCGCAACUACCACAUCUUCUACAGCAUGCUCAUGGGUAUGAGCGCCGAGGAGAAGAGGCUGCUGGGCCUGGGCACCCCCUCAGAGUACUACUACCUGACCAUGGGGAACUGCACCUCCUGUGAAGGUCUCAAUGACGCCAAGGACUAUGCUCACUUGCGCUCUGCCAUGAAGAUCCUCAUGUUCUCUGACUCUGAGAACUGGGACCUCAGCAAACUGCUGGCGGCCAUUCUCCACCUGGGAAAUGUGAAAUUUAUGGCUGCAGUCUUUGAAAACCUGGACUCCUCUGAUGUGAUGGAGACCCCCAGCUUUGCCAUUGUGCUGAAGUUAUUAGAGGUGAAGCAGGAGGAGCUGUACGACUGCCUGGUCAAGCAUUCCAUCGCCAUCCGUGGGGAGUUUGUCACCAGACCCCUCAGUGUCAGCCAGGCCGCAGACAGGAGGGAUGCCUUUGUCAAGGGCAUCUAUGGGCAUCUCUUCCUGUGGAUUGUCAAGAAGAUCAAUGCUGCAAUCUUUGUUCCACCUCCUGACAACCCCAAACAUGUGCGAAGGGCCAUCGGCCUCCUAGAUAUAUUCGGCUUUGAAAAUUUUCAGAAGAAUAGCUUUGAGCAGCUCUGCAUCAACUUGGCCAAUGAGCACUUGCAGCAGUUCUUCGUGCAGCAUGUGUUCACGAUGGAGCAGGAGGAGUACCGCUCUGAGAACAUCACCUGGGACUACAUCCAGUACACAGACAACCGGCCCACCUUGGACCUGCUGGCCCUCAAGCCCAUGAGCAUCAUCUCACUACUGGAUGAAGAGAGUCGCUUCCCCCAGGGGACAGAUGCCACCAUGUUGCAAAAGCUGAACAGUGUUCAUGCCAACAACAAGGCCUUCCUGCAGCCCAAGAACGUCCACGAUGGUCGAUUUGGCAUUGCCCACUUUGCUGGCAAGGUGCACUACCACGUAGAGGGCUUCCUGGAGAAGAACCGGGAUGUGCUGAGCUCAGAUAUCCUCACCCUGGUUCACUCCUCCAAAAACAAGUUCCUGCAGGAGAUAUUCAAGCUGGAGGCAACAGAAAUCAAACUGGGCCGUGGGACCAUUUUUAAGACCAAGGCAGGGAGCCAGCUUUUCAAGUCUUCAGAGUCCAGCAAACAGCCCUCCACCUUGGCAGGCCAGUUCAAGCAAUCCUUGGACCAGCUGAUGAAAAUCCUGACCAACUGCCAGCCCUAUUUCAUCCGCUGCAUCAAGCCCAACGAGUACAAGAAGCCGUUGCUCUUUGACAGGGAGCUGUGCAUCCGGCAGCUGCGGUACUCAGGCAUGAUGGACACUGUUUACAUCCGCAAGUCCGGAUUCCCCAUUCGCUACACGUUUGAGGAGUUUUCCAAGAGGUUUGGCGUCCUGCUACCCAGUGCCGUGAGGAUGCAGUUUCGGGACAAGUUUCACCAGAUGACCCUGCGCGUCGCUGAGAUGUGGCUGGGGACAGACAGGGAAUGGAAGGUGGGGAAGACCAAGAUUUUUCUGAAGGACAAUCAGGACACCAUGCUGGAGAUUCAGAGGAGUCAGGCCUUGAACCAAGCGGCUGUCAGUAUCCAGAGAGUACUGCGGGGCUACAAAUACAGGAAGGAUUUUCUGAGGAAGAGGAGGGCAGCUGUGAAAAUCCAGGCUGGGUGGAAAGGUUACCACUACAGACAAAACUUCAAGCUGAUUCUUCUGGGCUUUGAGCGCCUGCAGGCCAUCGCCAGGAGCCACCUGCUGGCAAAGCAGUACCAGAUGAUGAGGCAUAGGGUAGUUCAGCUGCAGGCCCUCUGCAGGGGCUACUUGGUGCGCCAGCAAAUGCAGGUGAAGAGGAGGGCAGUGGUGCUGCUUCAGGCACACGCCAGGGGCAUGGCCGCUCGGAGGAAGCUCCAGCAUCUCAAAGUCAAUGGACCAGUGAUUGUCCCUGACAAAGAACCGAAGAGCCCCAGUGCUCCUCUUCCCUGGAAGCGCAAGUCCAUCUAUGAUACCAUCAGUGACACCGAAAUGGUGGAGAAAGUAUUUGGCUUCCUCCCUUCUAUGCUGAGUGGGCAGGAGGGGCAGACCUCACCAACCUUCCAGGAUGUGGAAACAAAGACCCAGAGACUGCCCGAGAUUGACCUGGACACGGUGCCCAUGGUGGUGGAGCUGGAGGAGCCUGAGGAGGAGGUGGACGGCCUGGCUGAAUACACCUUCCCCAAGUUUGCUGCGACCUACUUCCAGAAAGCAGCCAGCCACACUCACAUCCGAAGGCCCCUGCGGUACCCACUGCUCUACCACGAGGAUGAUGCUGACUUCUCGGCUGCCCUGACCAUCUGGAACAUCAUCUUGAGGUUCAUGGGUGAUCUGCCGGAGCCCGUACUGUUUGCCAGGAACAGCCUGAGUGGCGGCUUCAUGAUGCAGCACAUCCACAAUGCCCUGGGCAGGGAGGAUGGUGUCCAGUCCCCACAGCCAGGUGGACUUACACAGAAGUCCAGUCGCAGGGGCAGAGGGCCGAAGGACAUCUCUUCCAUGAAACUGAAGCGGUCCUCUCAGAUCACGGGGCAGGUGACCAGCAAGCUGAAUGUUGGAGACGACACCUUUGAGCCAGAUGGCCCCAUCUCAGACCGACCCAUGUCCAACUUGGAGAAGGUGCACUUCAUCGUGGCCUAUGCCAUCCUGCGGCCCAGUCUCAGGGAUGAGGUUUACUGCCAGAUCUGCAAGCAGCUGUCAGAGAACUUUAAGACAAGCAGCCUGGCCCGCGGCUGGAUCCUGCUCAGCCUCUGCCUGGGCUGCUUUCCGCCUUCUGAGCGCUUCAUGAAGUAUCUGCUCAACUUCAUUGAUCAUGGACCGGCUGGCUAUGGACCCUUCUGUGCUGAACGUCUGAGGCGCACCUAUGCCAACGGGGUGCGCACAGAGCCCCCCACCUGGCCAGAGCUACAGGCUGUUAAGUCUAAGAAGCACAUUCCUGUCUCUGUCACCUUGCUGACUGGAGAGAGCCUGACUGUGACUGUGGACUCGGCUUCAACAUCUCGGGAAGUCUGCAUGCACAUUGCCCACCAGCAAGGCCUCAGAGUUCCCCUGGGCUUCUCCCUCCAGGUUACAGUGUAUGACAAGUUCUGGUCCCUGGGCAGUGGGCGUGACCACGUGAUGGAUGCCAUUGCCCAGUGUGAGCAGCUGACCCGGGAGAGAGGCGAGAAUGAGCGUCAGUCACCAUGGCGCUUGUACUUCCGGAAGGAGUUCUUCACACCCUGGCACAACUCCCAGGAGGACCCUGUCAGCACCAAGCUCAUCUACUGCCAAGUGCUCCAUGGAGUCUGGUCCGGCGAGUACAGCUUUGAGAAGGAAGAAGACCUGAUAGAGCUGCUUGCUCGGCACUGCUACGUGCAGCUUGGUGCCUCUGUGGAGAGCCAGGCUGUCCAGGAGCUGCUGCCCACCUGCAUCCCCUCCAAGCUGUACAGGACCAAGCUCCCAGAGAAGUGGGCUAGCCUAGUUACUGAAGCCCAUGCCAAGGCACCAUAUACCCAGCAGCAGGCAAAACCUCAGGCCGUCCGGGAGCAGGUGGUAGAUGCGGCCUUGCUGCAGUGGCCCAUGCUCUUCUCCCGACUCUUUGAAGUCAGUACUGUCUCAGGCCCCCGACUACCCAAGACCCAGCUGAUCUUGGCUGUGAACUGGAAGGGGCUUUAUUUCCUGGACAAGAAGGAAAAGCUGCUUUUAGAACUGUCUUUCGUAGAGGUCAUGAGUCUAGUCACCCACAGGGAAGCCCGUGGCGGGCAGAGACUGAUGCUGUCUACCUUGCAUGAAGAGGAGUACGAGUUCCUGUCCCCCAGCAGCGUGGCCAUUGCUGAGCUGGUGGCCCUGUUUCUGGAGGGCUUGAAGGAGAGGUCUGUUUUCACCAUGGCCAUGCAGGACAGGAAGGCCACAGAUGAUGCUACCCUCCUGCCCUUCAGGAAUGGGGACUUGCUGAUUUUGACAAAGAAGCAGGGGCUGCUGGCCUCUGAGAAGUGGACCCUGGCCCAGAAUGAUAAGACAGGCAAAACUGGGCUGGUGCCCAUGGCCAGCCUCUAUACCAUUCCCACAGUCACCAAGCCCUCACCAUGGCUGCUGAACCUGCUGGCCAUGUCACCAGAGAAGCGGAAACUGGUGGUCCAGGAGGGGCGUCCUGCAGAGCCGCUGCCUGAGGAGCAGCCCCAAGAGAAGUCUCACACCCUGGAGGAAUUCUCUUAUGAGUUCUUCAGGGCCCCAGAGAAGGAGACAGUGAGCAGAGCCAUGCUUCCCCUUGCUCGAACCCGAGGCCAUCUCUGGGCUCACUCUGCUGAGCCGUUGCGACAGCCUCUGCUCAAGUGUGUUCACGCCAACUGCGAGUUUCGAGACAUUGCCUGCCAGAUCUUCAUUGCCAUCCUCAGGUACAUGGGUGACUACCCGGCCCGGCAGGCCUGGACCUCCCUGCAGCUCAGUGACCAGAUCUUCACACUGGCCCUCCAGGACCCGGCCCUGCAGGAUGAGGUCUACUGCCAGAUCCUGAAGCAGCUCACCAACAAUACCACCAGGUACAGUGAGGAGCGAGGCUGGCAGUUGUUGUGGCUUUGCACUGGUCUCUUCCCACCGGGCAAGGCACUACUACCCCAUGUCCAGAAGUUCAUAGACACUCGGAGGAAGAAGCCCCUGGCCCCUGACUGCAGUCGUCGAAUCCAGCGGGUCCUGAGGAUAGGGCCCCGGAAGCAGCCCCCACACCAGGUGGAGGUGGAGGCCAUUGGGAAGAAUGUCUUCCGGAUCAACCACAAGGUCUUCUUUCCCAACGACACCAGUGAGAUGCUGGAGGUGAGCAGCAGCACUCGGGUGCGGGAUGUGUGUGAGAGCAUCUCAGCCAAGCUGCAGCUGGCCUCCUGGGAAGGUUGCAGCCUCUUCAUCAAGAUUGCCGACAAGGUCAUCAGCCAGAAGGAGGGAGAUUUUUUCUUUGACUCCCUAAGAGAGGUGUCUGACUGGGUGAAGAAAAACAAACCCCAGAAAGAAGGGGGCCCCAUGACACUCCCCUACCAGGUGUACUUUAUGAGGAAACUGUGGCUCAAUGUGACUCCCGGGAAGGAUGUGAAUGCAGACAUCACCCUCCAUUACCACCAGGAGUUGCCCAAGUAUCUGCGAGGAUUCCACAAGUGUACACGGGAGGAUGUGGUCCACCUGGCAGGCCUCAUCUACAAGGCUCAGUAUGGCAAUGACCGGGCCCAGCUUGCUAGUCUUCCUAAGAUCCUGAGGGAACUGGUGCCUGAGAACCUCACACGCCUGAUGUCCUCGGAGGAGUGGAGAAAGAGCAUCCUUCUGGCCUGUGAGAAGCACAAAGACAAGACAUCAGAGGAGGCCAAAGUGGACUUAUUGAAGUGGAUCUGCAGGUGGCCUACUUUUGGGUCUGCCUUCUUUGAAGUGAAGCAAAGCUCUGAGCCCUCCUAUCCAGACAUCAUCAUCAUAGCCAUCAACAGACAUGGAGUUCUGCUCAUCCAUCCCAAGACCAAGGAGCUGCUCACCACCUACCCCUUCACCAAGAUUGCCAGCUGGAGCAGUGGCAGCACCUACUUCCACAUGGCUCUGGGCAGCCUGGGCCAUGGCAGCCGUUUGCUAUGUGAGACUUCUCUGGGCUACAAGAUGGAUGACCUGCUGACCUCCUACGUGCAGCAGCUUCUGAACACCUUGAAUAAGCAGCGGGGCUCACGGGCUGUAGCCCUGGCUGAGUCCUAGCAGCAAGGCUAUCUCCACUAUGGCUAAACCAUCCCCAGUCUGGGCUUCUUGGCCCAAAGCAACCAGCUGCAGGCAGCCUUUCCUGCUGCCCUCUCGGAGAAGCCUUCCCCCAAUGUUCUUCAGCACCAUAGUGGGCAUCUUCUCUGCAUGCUGACCAGGGAGGCCAAAGGAGGGAGGCUAGCUAGGGUGGGGCGAGGAGCAUCAGGCCUUAAGGUUGGCAGGUGGGUAUCUGUGAGCACCCAGUCCAAGGACAUUCAAUAAAAAUCCACAGAGGGCUGGGGAUAUAACUAAAUGGAUAGUGUGUUGCUUUACCAUGCUGUGACCCACCUUCAAGCCUGGAUCCCAGGGCAUUGAAGUACUGUGAAGCACUUCAGUACUGUGGUACUGUGGUAUCUCUCCUGUCUCUCCCUCAUUCUCUAUCUCUCUCUCCCUGUCUCUCCAUAUAUCUAUGUCUAUAUCUAUACACCAUAUAUAUCUGUAUAUAUGAUGGAUCAUAUAUAUCUGUAUAUAUGAUGGAGCUGUGAAAAGCAUUGAUGAGAGAAGAUGGUGGGGGCUUAGGUGGCCAGAAGGCCUUGGAGGGACUGGCCAGCAGCAGGAUUCUUCUAGGAAGAGCAAAAGCCUUUCUUCUCUAGGGAACAGGACACCAUCAUUCACAGGGAAUGGUUUGGAUCACUUCUCUUUGCUCAGUGCUUCUUCCUCUGCUUCUCAAAGAAGAGAUUCUCCCCAGGAGAUCCUCUGAGAAAUUCCUUCCUUCCCUUACAGGCACUCAGACCCAUACAUGGCCAUGUGUCUACUCUUGGCCUCUGAUGUUUGCAAAGGCAGCCUCUGACAAAUGCAGCAGGAUGUAGGGUCCUGAUGACCUGGGCUCACCUUCUGUUGCACUUGUAGCCCUUGAGAUCUGGGUUGAUCCCCUCCACAUCUACUGGCAGGCCUUGUGGGAGUCUGUCCCCUGUCCUUAGCAUGUAGCUUCUGUUUGGUCUCAUCUCUAAACAGAGGCAGAGAGGCUGGGGA